AUGUCGCACCAGAGACACCAGGUUCAGACGCUCAAGUCUCACUACGGCUUUGCAGGAAUUAUCCAGAAUUUUCUUGUCUUCUGGUCGGAUCCUGCUUGGGUGGCCAGAAAAGCAAGGCGAGAAGUCGCUGUAGUUUACUUAUCAGGGGGUUCCAAAUCUCACAGAAAACCGCGUUGUUUCCAAAUCCCGUUCCUCUUUCUUCUCAUCUAUCGACAGCCUACUAAGACGUCCAAGACCAGGAAGCUCCGUGGACAUGUAAGCCACGGACACGGUCGAGUUGGCAAGCACAGAAAGCAUCCUGGAGGUCGUGGUAAUGCUGGUGGCAUGCAUCACCACAGGAUCAACUUUGAUAAAUACCAUCCCGGGUACUUUGGAAAAGUGGGUAUGAGACAUUACCACUUGAAGAGGAACACAAAGUACUGCCCUACCAUCAACCUGGACAAGCUCUGGACACUGGUGAGCGAGCAGACCAGGGUCAACUACAGCAAGAAGCCUGAUGGUCCCGCACCCAUCAUUGACGCCGUGCGCGCCGGUUACUACAAAGUUUUGGGGAAAGGAAAGCUGCCCAAACAACCCGUCAUCGUUAAGGCCAAAUUCUUCAGCCGACGGGCUGAGGAAAAAAUCAAGUCCGUGGGAGGAGCCUGUGUGCUGAUGGCAUAA